AAUAUUUAUCUUGGAGUCCAGGUUAGAGCCCUAGAGAAUAAGAGAAGCUCGCUGCUGGUGAGAAGGGGGGAUGACCAGGAUUCCUGCAGCUGGAAGAUCUUCAGCGCCACCAUCAUUGGAGAAUAAAGAAGAACAUGGGAGAGACAUGGCCCCUCUUGGCCGCGAGGACCGUGACAGAGGACGUGCAGAGGAGCUGCUGGCACACCCACAGCCCUCUGACCUCGACCCAAGUAUGCAGGCCCCACCCUGCAGCCGCCCAGCGGGGCUCAGCCUGGACGACUUCAUCCCUGGCCACCUCCGGGCCCAUGUAGGGUCAUUCUCCAGGGGGACUCGGGUACCUGUGAUCCGGAAUGGUGGCUCCAACACCCUUAAUUUCCAGUUCCAUGAUCCUGCGCCCAGGACUGUGUGCAAUGGGUACUUCCCAACCAGGAGCGAGGCUUCCCGGCACCCAGACCCGGCUUGGUAUCAGACCUGGCCAGGCCCUGGGAGCCGGCCCGCAGGGACCCAGAAGACCCCCGCCUCCCAGCAUCCCCAGAACUGGUCAGCCACGUGGACCAAGGACAGCAAACGCCAGGAUAAGCGCUGGGUCAAGUAUGAGGGAAUCGGGCCCGUGGAUGAGAGCGGCAUGCCCAUUGCCCCCCGAUCUAGUGUGGACAGCCCUAAGGACUGGUACCGGAGAAUGUUCCAUCAGAUUCACCGGAAAAUGCCAGACCUGAAUCUGGACUGGACCUUCGAGGAAGCACCCAAAGUGGCUUCCUCCUGUGCCACCUCUGCAGACUCACGGUGUCCAGGGCCCCAGCAAAGACCUGCAUCCCGGCCAGGCCAGGCCUCCUCUCUGAGCGGAAGAAGCUGGGACCCCUCUGAAGAGUUUCCUAGAAGCACCUUCAACUGUAACCCUGGAGCAUUCUCCUCCCUGCCCAGGACCCCAAAUCAGGUGCCCCGAUGCAGAGAGAAAGCAGAUAAUGUCUGGGCAGAAGAAUCUUGGAACCAGUUUCUGCAAGAACUAGAGACUGGGCAGAAGCCCAAGAAACCUCUGGUGGAUGACCCUGCUGAGAAGCCCUCCCAACCCAUUGAGGUCCUGCUGGAGAGAGAGCUGGCCAAGCUGAGCGCGGAGCUGGACAAGGACCUUCGGGCCAUUGAGACCCGGCAGACAUCUCCCAAGGUACCGACCUCCCAGUCCCCUCCCAGAGACGGCGCCCGACCUGGUAGGGCGUGAGGCCAGACAGGUGGCUCACUCACAAACUCACUGUGUCCCCGCAGCCCGGCCUCUGCCUGGAGCCUCAGCAACCCGAAUGCACUUUACCGGGGCUCCUCCUGGCCCCUGAGCCCCCACAGAAUGGCGGAUGGAGGAAGCCCCUUCCUAGGUCGUAGGGAUUUUGUCUACCCUGCCUCAGCCCGAGACCCUAGUGCCUCUGAACGAGGCGUCAGCCCUGCCAGGAAGGAAGAAAAGAAGAGGAAGGCUGCCAGGCUCAAGUUUGACUUCCAGGCACAGUCCCCCAAGGAGCUGCCCCUGAAGAAGGGUGACAUUGUCUACAUCCACAAGGAGGUGGACAAGAACUGGCUGGAGGGGGAGCACCAUGGCAGGCUGGGCAUCUUCCCUGCUAACUAUGUAGAUGUGCUGCCUGCAGAUGAAAUCCCCAAGCCGCACAAGCCCCCGACCUACCAGGUGCUGGAGUAUGGAGAAGCUGUGGCCCAGUACAAUUUCAAGGGGGAUCUGGAGGUGGAGCUGUCCUUCCGAAAGGGGGAGCGCAUCUGCCUGAUCCGAAAGGUGAACGAGAACUGGUAUGAGGGGCGCAUCUCGGGCACCGGGCGCCAGGGCAUCUUCCCGGUCAGCUACGUGCAGGUGAGCCGAGAGCCCCGGCUCCGCCUCUGCGACGAGGGCCCCCAGCUCCCCGCGUCUCCCAGCAUGAGCGCCGCCCGGCUGGCUGCCCGUCACCCCAGCUCCCCAGUAACACCACGAAGCCCAGCUGAUCCCACCGACUGGGGGGGCCGGACCUCCCCCCGCCGCACCGGCUUCUCCUUCCCGGCCCAGGAGCCCAAAUCCCAAACCCAGAGUCUCGGCACCCCUGGGUCUUCUCUGUCCCAUCCUGGAGGUUCCAGCCGUGCUGUGGACCUGGGGACCUCCCCCCACAACACCACUCAGAUUAACUGGACCCCGUACCGGGCAGUAUACCAGUACAGGCCCCAGAACGAGGACGAGCUGGAGCUGCGGGAGGGGGACCGGGUAGAUGUCAUGCAGCAGUGUGACGAUGGCUGGUUUGUGGGUGUCUCCCGGAGGACCCAGAAAUUUGGGACGUUCCCUGGAAAUUAUGUAGCUCCGGUGUGAGAGGUCUCCAUGGCAACUCAGAGCCCGGCCAGGAUGGAGUGGAGAGCAGUAGCUCUUCUCAGAGGGAGAGAGGACCCCCUUCCCACAUCUUCCUC